AACAAAUUCAAUGGAAAAUGGCCAAUCCGCAUGCAUGGGUAAUGUCGAUGUUAUUCCUGAAGGAUUUCUAUUCAACCCAAGUACAUGUCUAAGUAUAUCUCAUUUCAUCUUUCGCAUCUUAACAACAAUGUUACACGCGAGUCGAAAAUUUGAAUAUUGUUGGUGAGAUUGCUAUUAGCCUGCAGCUCCAAAUUUGACAGCGGGGAGGAAUUCGAAACCUCAAAUCAACCUCAGCAACCAGCGAUUAGAGAUCAGUAACGCAAAACUAGAGACAGAUGUUGAGACUGUAAGAAAAGGCUCAAAAUAUGGAGUCGCGGAUUGAGAGCGAUGCUCAGGAAGCAGUGGGCAAAUCAUCAUUGUCCAUACGAUCGCAACCGGUAGAUUUAUCAGCAUCAAAUGAGAAUGUCGCGACAGACCUCCAAGUUAUCAGUACUGCCCAGAGCAAUACAUUCUCCUUAUCUGCCGUGGAACCAGUGGAUGUUCAAAUACGAGAUCUCUCCGUCAGCGUCGACAUUUCCCCUUCAGCAUUCUCAAUAGAAAGAUUAAUACCACGGAAAAGUGCCCAAAAUGGAGUCGCCACAUCCACCACGAAACAAAUUCUACACUCAGUAUCUGCCUCGAUGCCUGUCGGGACACUUACUGCUAUUAUUGGAGGCAGCGGUUCAGGAAAGACAACUAUGUUAAACACAAUGGCUGAGCGGAUGAUUAGUGGAAGAUUGACAAUAGGUGGUACGACAACAUUCAAUGGCAUGAAAGGUGUGCAUAGUGUUCGCAGUGCCUAUGUCAUGCAACAAGACAUUUUACUGCCGUCUUUGACGGUUCGAGAAACACUGCGAUAUGCUGCGGAUCUACGAUUGCCACCGCCAACGACUGAAGACGAGAGAAGGAAGGUUGUGGAGGAGGUCAUUUUAGAGCUUGGUUUGAAAGAAUGCGCCGACACAAGAAUUGGAAGUACCCAACACAAGGGGUGCUCGGGGGGUGAGAAGAGAAGAACCAGCAUUGGUGUACAGUUGUUAAGUAAUCCAAGUAUCUUAUUUUUGGAUGAACCUACCACCGGACUUGAUGCUACUAGUGCAUUUCAACUAGUCAGAACUCUUAAAGGUUUGGUCAGAAGAGGCCGCACGGUUGUUACGACUAUUCACCAGCCUAGAUCCGAAAUAUGGGGAAUGUUUGACGGUCUAGUAAUCUUAACAAAAGGUAGCCCGGUAUAUUCUGGAAAAGCUGCCGAUUGCUUGCCUUGGUUCAAAGAAAUCGGAAUGGAGCUACCGCCAUUCGUUAACCCCGCAGAGUUCUUGAUUGACAUGGCAGCUAUCGACAAUCGCUCGCCUGAACUCGAGGUAGCAUCCUCCGCAAGGGUUGAGAGUUUGAAAGUUGCUUGGGCAGAGGAAAACAACAGAAAGUUCUCCCGAGACAAUGAAAAGCGUACAUUUGCUGAAGCAGCCGUCACUAAUGAUCUUGCAUCAAAAAAGUGGACACGGCACUCUCCUUUCAUCCGGCAGACUCGCGUGCUAACCUCUCGAACCUUUGUCACAACCUAUCGAGACCCUAUGGGUAUGUUUGGAUCUCUCAUAGAAGCAAUCGGAUUAGGAAUUAUGAGCGGCUGGGUGUUUCUAAAUCUGCGAGAAGAUCUUUCUGGUAUUCGCAGUCGCCAGGGAGCGCUUUAUAAUGCCGCCGCGUUACAAGGGUAUCUCAUGCUUUUGUUUGAAACUUACCGUCUGACCAUUGAUAUACAACUUUUUGAUCGCGAGAAUAACGAGAAUGUGGUAGAUGUUAUUCCGUUUCUACUAAGCAGAAGGAUUGCAAGGUUCUUUACUGAAGACUUUCCCGUUCCGCUAAUCUACUCAGUUAUUUUCUACUGGAUGGCAGGUUUCAGAUCGGAUGGUUCGACUUUCCUCACCUUUUUUGCCAUCGUGUUACUUUGCCAAUACAUUGCGGUUACAUUCGCCAUGACGUGCGUAGCAGCCUCAAGAAGUUUUCCUGGUGCAUCUCUUAUUGCAAAUAUGGGUUAUACUGUUCAGAGUUUUGCUUGUGGUUUCUUCAUCCAAAGUAACACCAUGCCAGUAUAUGUGCGUUGGCUAAAGUGGACAGCAUACGUUUUUUACGCAUUUGGUGCUUUGUGUUCGAAUGAAUUUGUGGGACAAUUCUAUGAUUGUCCUUAUGAAGGUGGAGAGUCAAAUCCGCAAUGCGCAGAAUACACAGGCACGUUUAUCAUAGAUUCUUUGGGGUUUCCUGACAACUGGAUUGUCAGGCCAAUCAUUUUUCUACUCUGCUAUGCGAUCAUGUUCUACGUUCUUGCGGGCAUUGGUUUACGAUUCAUAAAGGUUGAAAUGACAAUUGCAAGAGCAAGAGGAUCAGAUGCGGACUUCUCUGCAGGGAAAGAAAAGAUGACGGUAAGAUCUGCGGCGGAGGUUAGAACUGUGAGUAGAUAUCUCACUACCCUUUUUCCUGUAACAUGAUAGAUGAACUGCUCCGUCGUCGAAAUUGUAAAGUGUUGCGACGUGGACGAUGGAUUUUAUUCCACCAUAUCUGCAUAGCUCUUCACGGUAGACUGCAACUAAUAAUUAUCGCAGGUUGAUAUUGGUCUUGAUAAAUUUGCACUAGAUCUAAAGAAGAGAAACUCGCUUGGAAGAAAAAAACCCAUCAAACCCAUCUUGAAUCCGGUCACGGCAACAUUCCAAGCUGGAGUUUUGAAUGUCAUCAUGGGACCAUCAGGGAGCGGCAAAACAUCUCUUCUCAAUGCGAUGGCAUUAAGACUUCGUAAUUCAAUUGGGACAAAUUAUCGACAAACUGGAGAUAUGACGUUCAACGGGGCAGUGCCGUCAGCUUCGGUCAUACGAUCUGUCUGUUGUUAUGUAUGUCAAGAUGAUGAUGCACUGCUUCCUUCCCUGACGGUUAGGGAAACACUUCAUUUUGCUGCUGGUCUACGACUUCCAUCAUUUAUGACUAAGGAGCAGAAAAUUAGACGUGCUGAGGAUGUCCUUCUAAAGAUGGGUCUAAAGGAUUGUGCAGAUAACCUUAUUGGAUCUGAUCUUAUUAAAGGUAUAUCAGGAGGUGAAAAGCGUCGAGUGACUAUCGCAGUCCAGAUUUUGACCGAUCCAAGGGUAAGUUUAAGAAGGCAAUCUAUUCCUUCACUACUUCCAAUUGUACAUCAUCUAACACUCCAUCGUAGGUACUUCUCCUGGACGAACCAACUUCUGGCUUGGAUGCAUUUACGGCUUCAUCCAUCAUGGAAGUACUUCAAGGUCUUGCACAAGAAGGUCGAACCUUGAUUCUCACAAUACAUCAAUCUCGUUCCGACACUUUCAAACAUUUCGGAAGUGUUCUUUUGCUUGCACGUGGCGGGUCUCCUGUUUAUGCUGGUAAAGGCUCUGACAUGAUUUCUUACUUUGAGAUGCUAGGCCAUCCAUGCCCUACAACAACAAAUCCAGCUGAUUUUGCACUUGAUUUAAUUACCGUUGAUCUACAAAAGUCCAGUCGGGAGGAGGCCACUCGUUCCAGAGUGAGAGAUUUGAUUAGUUCUUGGUCGUCUGGGAAUUUUAGAAAAGCUUUUGUUCCAACUACCAUAUCUACUCCUGCAGAACUUGGUUCGCUUGUCCGCAAAACAUCUGGGUUUCUUUCUGCAUAUCCAAUUCUCGUCCAUAGAGCUUCUAUAAACUUUCGUCGACAACCUAACUUGCUUAUGGCUCGAAUCAUGCAAGUCUUGGGUCUCGCCAUAAUCCUCGCUUUGUUCUUCGCACCUUUGAAACAUGAUUAUUAUUCUGUACAAAAUCGAUUUGGAUUUAUCCAAGAGUUUUGUGCAUUUUAUUUCGUUGGUAUGCUACAAAACGUUGCGGUUUAUCCUAAUGAAAAGGAUGUGUUUUAUCGAGAAAAUGAUGAUGGUAUUUAUAGUGUCGAAGCAUUCUUCGCACAGUAUACUACGCUUGAAAUACCCUUUGAAAUUUUUACAUCGUUGAUUUUCGCCAUAUUGACGGAUUUGGCCGCUGGAUUACCGAGAAAUGCGCAGGUUUUUUUUGUUUGCUUUUUUAAUUGCUUUUGUAUAGUCAAUUGUGGAGAGAGUCUGGGUAUUAUGGUAUGUCCAUUCCCCGUUUCCUCGUCUCCCAAUGUUUAACGAAUCACUAACACCUUCAGUUUAAUACCCUCUUCUCCCACACCGGCUUCGCCGUAAACCUUACCAGCGUUUUCCUCUCCAUCGCUCAAGUCAUGUCCGGUAUCUUUUCAAUCAACAUGCCCGGCUUCCUCCAAGGCGUAAACUAUCUCUCUCCAAUUCGCUAUUCGAUCCGGAAUCUUGCACCCUAUACACUGAGAAGCAUUAAAUUCACAUGCACAGAUGCACAGAGAAUGCCAAAUGGUGAUUGUCCGAUCAGUACCGGAAUCGAGGCAUUGGACUUGUAUAAUUUGAAUACAGAUCCCUUGUGGAAUAUCGUGGCAUUGGGCAUUUGUACGCUGAUUUAUAGAGUUUUGGCGUAUGCUUUGUUGAAGGGGAUGAGGAUGCAUUGGAGUGGUUUUAAGAAGAGUGGGAGAGAGAAUAGAAAUUGAAAUAGAAAUUUAGACGGUGAUGAUGAUAGGGAAGCAUGAAGGAAUGAAAUGGAAUCUUUAAUUUUAUUUUGUGGAUUAAUUAUGUUGAUACUUUCUGGGCUUUCAAAAAUUUUAUCAGUUUUCUUGUCAAUGGAAAUAGUUGUUUGAUAUGAGAUAUAAGAUGAUACUAUGAGGUAUUGAUCAUU